UCUGUUUAGGUUUUUCCUUGAUAUCUGUGAUGUAUGUAGUGAUAGGCCCUUCGCGCUUCAUCCAUGUUGAUUUUUGACUUUUAUGUUUAGGAUUUUGAAAACCAGUUAUCAGAUAACACAAAUCAGAAUUGGUGUGAUGUUACAUGCACUACGAAUUCAGUCACCAACAAUCAAAACAAUUCAUUAAAGAAUGUUCCAAACAAAAGCUAGUGAUAACAGAAAGAAGGCACUACACUAAUACUUAAUGUUAUGGAUCAAGUGCUAUGUAAGAUUGAACAUGACACACCUCUGCUGUAUGAAAGUGAAACAGGCAGUGUCCAAACAAGCCACAACAUUGAUGGGACACUGGACCCAUACGUUUCGGACACAGAAAUUGAGACAUGUACCAAAGAGAAACCCACUCGACCUCCAAAUUUACUAGACAAAGCAUUUUCAAUAGAUGAAGCCAUAUUGGCAGUACCACUGGAACCCACCCCGGUAACCUGCCCGAAGCAGGAAGAGAAGGCUCCCUCUUCCACGGAGGACAGCACAUCAGAAGACGAUUUCGUCGUCAUUGAAAACACCUCCAAGGACAUCGACGAGACGCCACCCAUUUUAGAAGCCAACACCGAAAUUAUGGACCAAAUUGGCCCGGAAAUCGACCUAAUCCCCGCCGACGACACACCACUACCGAAUUUAACCGCAUCCCAAGAUGAAUUCGACACGUGCGACAUCGGCCACAAGUUAGACGUGUUGGCCGGCGGCGAUUCCGUCCUUGUCGGCUCCCCGCCCUUCGAGGAACUAAAUGCCAGUGACAUUCCAUCUGUAUAUUGUGUACAGCUCCGUAAUAAUACUCCGUUUGUUUCCAUCUUAAGAAGACCAUCCUCUUCAAAUAACUCCGAACAUGUACCUGAUCCCAAUAGUCCCAGUAGUCGUAGAGUUUCUUUUCCAGAGGGUGAUUUUCUGGUUUCCUACAGGGAGCCCGACGUUCCAACACCUUGGAAGAUUGAUACUGAUAUGUCUUGGGAAGCCAUUCUGAAUGUGUAUCAAAAUUCCUGCAAAAGACACAACACCAUCGAAUUAGAUAAUAUUAAAGAACAAAUUCGGGAAAUAAAAAACAACACAAACCAUUCAGCAACAUUGAACCUGUCAUCUGUGAACAUAACGUCCGAAGUGAACGAGACCCUCGAAGACAUACUCAAGGUGUCGAACUUCAACACGCUGGUGUUGGGCGACAGCAAGUUCACGCCGUCGACUAUAACCGAAUUCCUCAACAUGCUCGAAUAUUACGAAUCGGUUUGUCACAUCGAGCUGAGGAUGAAGUUCGACGACGAGGAGACGUGGAAGUGUUUUUGUAACGCGUGCAGCAACAUCAAGGUGCUGGAAUCGAUUUCCUUGAAGGAGAUGUCGGUGGAUGAGAACUACACGAGACCGUUGAUACACACGGUCAGCAGGAACACGAACAUCACAACAUUGAAAUUUGACGGGUGUACACUAGUUACCUUGCCCAGUUUUUAUUUAAUUGAAAAUUUAAUCAACAACACAACGUUAAGAGAAUUGUAUCUUCCAUCAACCGGAUUAUAUACGAAAGAAGCGGAAGUUCUUAGCCGUUUUUUAACCAUGAAUUUCUAUUUGAAAGUCUUAGACAUUAGCAAUAAUUUUAUUGGCGAUCGUGGAUUCGAGGCGCUUUCGAAAGGUUUAUGUAAACAAGUCCGUAUUGGUUAUGGAUUGUCUGUGUUGGUGGUUUUCAACAAUCAAAUAACUGAGAAGAGUGGACCCUGUAUUAGUAAUAUUAUUAGAGAAUGUAAGAACCUCCACACACUGAAUAUUGGCUUCAAUCACUUGACUGAUGAGGUUUUAAUGCACAUCAGCGCCAGUUUGCCAGAAACUAAUUCAUUGGAAGGUUUAGGGUUACAGUGUACUUUACUGACAUGUAAAGGCAUUCAAGUUUUAGCUGAAGCUGUACAAAAAAAUAAAACUCUUAGAAAAAUAAACUUAAAGGGCAAUAAGGCAAUUCAAAUCACCGGUGUGGAGAAGCUGUGCCACGCACUAACGAAUACAAAAAUAACUAAAAUCGAAAUAGACGAAACAAACAGAUCGUGCAAUGAAGCGGACGCUUACAAAGAGUUAGUGAAACAAAUAAACGAAAUAUGCACAAUAAACAAGAGUCUGGAGACGGAGACGCCGGCGGAGGACGAAGGAUCGAACAUAUCGAAGUUGAUAUCGAGGAAGGUGUCUCUGAGCUGCGAUUUACGUCAUGUGGUGAUUGCUCAGCCGGUCGUGGCGCCCGUCCAAACCGGUAAAAGUCGUUUUUCCAUUAGCAGGGUGUCGGAUUCCAAUGCAACGCAUGCGGCCAAACCCAAAGCCAAUAGAUUCAGAGUUACCAAAGUCCUUCCAUCGCCUGAAGAAGACGAACCGUCGGGCAAAUUUGCAAACGUACGCAGCUCUGUGUCGUCCAACGACAGUAUGGACUCGUUGACGGCGUUACCCAUUGACACCGACAGUGAAAAUGAUCAUUGAACUGUUUCUUUAGCCAAGCACCACAAGUACUUAUUUAUAUUUGGUAUUAGUUCUGUGAUAGAAUGUGUUAAGCUUUUUUUUAAAUUUUAUUUCCAAAUGCCAUGUAAUGUAGGAUUGAAACUUAAUUGUAUUACUGCCUAAUUGCAGAGGUUACUUUUAUUAUUUGUUCGUUUGUUUUUUUGUUUAUUUUUACUGUGAUGUGGGAACAAAUCUCAGUGAAGCUACAUUUUAAUUUCAAUUCCCAACAUUUUUAAGCAUCUUUACACAAUGGAUUAUAUCUAUAUACGGGCAUUCAUAGAUCUCAUUUUUAAGCUCUUUAGUUAAGUAACCAAAUCUAUAUCGUAUUGUAUUACUUUUGUUAUAGUACAAAUUGUAACGCUAAUAGACGAAACCAGUGAAAUUUGCCCUUAAACUUAAACAAUUAAUUGUUUGAUUUAAAAUCAUAUUUAUUUAGAUACUUGGAGAAUCCAAUUUAAAUUUUAAAUUAUCAAAAUAACUGGUGAUCAACAUAAAAAUCGUGGUUCAUUUACCUGUUUUUGACAAUAAAUUAUACAUAUUUUAGUUUACCAUAAAUCAUUGUACGACCAGAUAUUUUGACGCUGUUCCUACAGACACUAAAUGUACUUUAUUGUUGACAUAAGCUUUGGAAAUUCUGGUAUAACCAUUUUAUUCCACAUAACGGAAUAUGUACAGGGUGUGGCAGUUACUGAUAUAAUUAAAAUCAGCUGACAAAAACGAUCUUCCAUUCAGUCAUUCCUUACCGAAGUCACACAACAUCUAAUUUGUACUACUACAAAACAUUCUGUUGUUAUUGACUGAAAUAACUGUCGUUCCUAAUACAUAAUUAUUCAAUAUUAUCAUCAACUGGUGAUAACUUAUGUAUGGGGUUAUGCAAUACAGGAAUAGAAGUAGGUAUAUAUACGGGUUUAGUUUAACGCAUGGUUUCAAUCCAAAGAUAUGCCAAAGUAUUGUAAGGGUCGACAAGGUGAAACACUUGCUGUUGUGCUUUGGUGCUCUACAGCUCAUGGACGCUUUCCUCUUUCAUUUUGUCUUUGUCCACUCCAGCUCUCUAAAUACUACUAGUAUUUAUUAAUAAAAAGAAUCAGUUCUUAAAUAGAUUUUGACAAUUAUAGUAUAAAAAUUACGUUACGUAGUUUUAACAUACUGAACACAUCAACCAAUAUUAUUGUCAUAUUGAUUGAUGUGAACCUAAAUUUCAUAUUUUUGUGAGAAAUACAACGCACAACAAUAUUAUGCGUGUGCAACGGCAAACAAAUACUUAAAUAAUGUAAACUUGUGACUUAAUUUUUUUCCGUCGUCUUAAAACGCGUACUUCAUUCAAAUUAAUGAUAAUUCAGUCGGUGAAAAGUAACAAAUGGGGCCAUGUUUUAUAUGUACAUAAUAAAUAUUUUUCUCUUUUUACGUUUUUCUAUAUAUUUUUUAAAUGUUGUUUGCUAUAUUUUUGGAAUGUUAUGUAGUCGUUUGUGUGUGUGUCAUUCGGGUAGAUUGACGAAGGUCGUCUUUACUUAAUUUUUAAGAAAAUUGUUUUUGUCUAUAUAUUACAGAGUACCUCAAAAUAUUGUUGGAAAUUGUAUGACCUGUACAAUAUUGAAUGCGUAUGUGAUAUAUGUUGUGUGGUGUCGACAAAAACUAGUAAUUUUAAGUUUGAUACAAAUUAGAGUAAUAAUGAAUGUUGAAGAAAUGGCAAAUGCCCUGUAUAUAAUUAAAUAAAAAAUACGGGAAAAGUAAUUAUAAUCAGUUGUAUAAUAAAUAUAUUUUUAUAUUGAUGUUGUUAGAUACCUUGGGAUUAAGAUUAGGAGUCUAGUUAGUAGAAACUUUGGUACAAAACAAACUUAUUGUUCCAUAUGUUAAAAUAACCAAAAUAUUUUGUUAGAGUUAUACCAUUUACGCAUGCACGAUGCAUUUUGUUAUAGGUUUAUUUAUAUUUAUGUGUAUGUGAUAAAUGGAUGUGAUACGUAUGAUAUCUUAAGAGUAUUUUAACAAAUAACCAUUAUUGUCAAAAUUACUUGUAUUUAUAAUAAAACGUUUCUCUUAAACCGAA